AAAUCCUAAUUUUACAGCCCAACAGCCCAAACUCUUGAUGAACAUAAAAAAGAUGAUGAAUACAGAUUUAUAUGAGAAUGAAUAUAUAUUUGGGCAUUGUGAUUUUAGUUCAAUAAUUAUCUCUUUAAUAUUUCUAUUAUUUAAUGGGAUUUCACUAAAUAUUAAAAUUGCUGACUUUUGGUUAGAGACCACGCUCACUGACUGAAUUCUGCACUUUGGUGAAUUCUCUCAUCAGAAACAACAAAGCGCAAAUGUAAAUGCCUUGUAAAUAAGGACCUGCUUACACCUGGCCAUGCAUUUCUGCUGAUCGGAUAUCCAACUGAUUUUUUAAAAAUGUUUACGCUUACACUUGGCCACAUAAAUGUGUCGUCGCAAAACGGAUUUAUAUUUCAAUUUAACUGAGAUAACGUCAACGUAAUCCCCCUAUUUUAUUUUUUUAAUAAACAGCUAAUUUCAAGAUCAAAGACUGCAAUAGGAGAACACACAGCAUCUGUGUCUUACUACUUUUAAUGAAGAUGAUUGUGUGAUUACUGUCUGUAUCUUACUUUCAGCUUCAUUAAGUUUGUGUGUCAUCUUGCUGAACAGAUCAGAUUCUAUAUCAGUCUUCAAUGCAUUUCGGAGGGUAUUUCAGACUUUUUACAUGUGUCCAGGCGUGCUCUUUUUGCGCCAUCUACUGGUAGGAUGUAGCGGGUACAAUUGUUUAUGUUUGGGUUUCUGCCCGAUCCCAUUUUGCUGAGACACAUGCUAUCUGUAGGCUGUAGCUGCCGGUUAGCUCCACUAAGAAUGAAAGAAACGUGAAAAUUUGAGAUAAAAUUAAGAAAUAAGAGUGAAAGAAGAUAGAGAAGGAGAUAGAGGACUAUUUAGCCCCCUCUGGGAUGUCAGCUCACGAGUUCUCACGGGUUGUCAAGACCAGAAUAAACCCUGUUUUAUAACUCUACAUCGUGCGUUCGUUGAUCCUUGAGGGUGCUACAGUGAGAACUCCCGUCUGCUGAGCGCGGGUAGAUAAUGGACGGUGCCGACAACGAGCAACAGGUGCCACCAUCAGCCACGGCGAUGCACAGCAAGGAAUGAGCCACCGCUGGAAGGUUCAGGUGCCCCGAAAAAUAAGUGUUGCCCCGGUUAAAGGACUAACUUGAAUUCUUCUACAAGAGAGAGAGAAAAAUGGACUGUUAAAGGAAUUAAGACUAAUCUCUCUGUGUUGAUGAACAAAACAAAAGACUGGAAUAUUUUCUAUUGUUUAGAUUUCUACUGCUUAAGUGACUGAUAUUCAUACACUGUUAAAUUUGAUGUUGUGAUAAGUAACCUGCACAUUCAGUGGAUUUCAGUAAGUACCAGAAGAUAAAUAUUCUGGCUUGGUAAAGAUAUUUAAUAGUGUUUCUUAGUUACAGUUAUUUAAAUCUUGACUUUAAGUUAUAUCUAAAGAGUUAUAACUGUGCUUCAAGGUUACAACAGUAAGCUAAAAUAAGAUCAACAUUCAUUCACUCAUUACCAAAUCGAAUUUAAGCUGCUUCAUUAAAUUCUGCACUUAAGACUAAGUUACAAAUAAAAAUUAAAUAGAAUAAAUAAAAACUCCAACAAUGGCAGAGCAUGAGGUUAAUCCAGAAGUAAAUGAAGAUGUUGAUGUUGAACAACCUCAUACAGACAAAGAAUUAGCAGCAGAAGGCACAGCUGAUGAUGUCUCUACUACCUCACAAAGAGCACGGAGAAGCCAAAGAGUCCGUACACUGACGGAAAAGGGCCAAGAAUUCCACAAGGAGCUCAUAGAGAAGGCUGCAUGUCGUUUUAGAGGACACUAUGAGAAGUGGAAAGCUGCUGUUAAGGACGCUAAAGGAGCCAUAGAUGAUAAGUACUCAGAGGAUCUGCUACAGCACCAUGUCUCCAAGGUUUCAAAUGCUUUUGAGGGUGUGAAUGCUGCCUAUGUUGAGUUAAGACGCAUUGAAUCUCCAGAUAAUGAGACAAGACAAAGAAUGGAUACAUGUGAAGCCAUAACAAAGACAAUUAUCGGAGCAGUAGCAAAGUGCUCUAACCCAAGUAAAUCUGAAGUUCAAGGAGAUGCAACCUGGAAAGAGACUGAGCCUAUAUCUAAGUUAGUAGCCUCAGACAAGAUGAGUGUAAAGUCACACCACACUAAGCUCUCUUCUCGCUCAAGGGUCUCCUCUAGAAGCUCCAGCAGGCUUUCAGCCAAAAGACAAGAUGCAGCUGCUGAUGUUGCAGCACUGCAAGUUCUGCUUGAACAAGAAACUCAUAUGAAGGAAAUCGAAAGACAAGAAGCGGAAAUAGCACAAAGACAGAGAGCUCUAGAAGCUAAGCGUACAGAAGUAGAGCGACUUGAGACAAUAAAAAAGCUAAAUGCAGCAAAGGCUCGACAGCAGGUGUAUGAACAAAGUGAAUGUUCAGAUGAAGAGAUAUACAGCCUACUUCACCACAGUCCUGCCAAAAACAAUGAAGUCAAGUCUGAAAACAAUGACUCACAUUGCAAACAGUGCUCUUCACCGCAAAUUAUGACACCUCAACGAGAAGUGAACACGACAGAUCUGGUCAAAGCAUUUGCAGAGUCUCUUAGUGUAAGCCGUCUUCCGGUACCAGAGCCUACAAUAUUCAGUGGCGAUCCUAUAAGAUAUAAUGAUUGGAAGAUUUCCUUUCAAACUUUGAUCGACAGGAAAAAUAUACCAGUUGAAGAGAAGACUUAUUACCUGAGAAAGUAUGUAAGUGGGCCUGCAAAGAAGGCAAUAGAAGGCUACUUUCCGCUUGGCACAGAAUCAGCAUACUAUGCAGCAUGGUCAGUUCUCGAAGAGAGGUAUGGUAAUCCCUUCCUCGUAGCUAAAGCCUAUCGAGACAAACUCGAUGCAUGGCCAAAGAUAAGCUCCAAAGACAGUAUGGAACUUCAGGCAUUUGCUGAUUUCCUCUGCUGCUGCAAGACAGCCAUGUUACAAAUCAAGGGGCUUGAAGUGUUCAAUGACUGCAAUGAAAACCAAAAAAUGCUUGCAAAACUCCCAGAUUGGCUCACUUCAAGAUGGAAUAGAAAGGUUAUGGAAGUGCAAGAGGAAAACCACACCUUCCCGAGCUUCAGCCAAUUUGUGGACUUCAUCUCAUGGGAAGCCAAAAUUGCCUGUAACCCCAUAACAUCUCUUUUCGCUUUGAAACCAAUUGAAAUUGAAAGUACAAAAACCCAAAGGAUCAAAGGCUAUGGAGCAAAGGUACUGGCAACUAACUUAAAUGAAAGAUCUGUCAGUACUAGUUGUGCGUACUGUGAGAAGUUGGGUCACAGCCUACUUAAUUGCUGGAAGUUUAUGAGUGAGAGUAUUCAUGAGAGACUAAAUUUUGUUCAAGACAAGAAGUUAUGCUUUGGCUGCCUAAAGUCUGGUCACCACUCCAAGGAUUGUGAAAGCAGAGCCACCUGUGAUACAUGUGAUAAAAACAUCCAACAUGUCUUCAUGAUAACCGUACCAGAGAAGAAAGAACAAGAAAAAGUCAAACCAGCAGUGACAGGACAAGACAAAGAAACCCAGACACUUUACAAGACGAUACCAUCACACCAACAACAAGCGAAGAAACAUCUAACAGAGUCGCACAGAAUGUUGAUGACACUCACACAUCCUCCAUUGUUCCAGUAUGGGUGUCAGCUGAAGGCAAGCCAGAGCAUGAAGUUCUUUUGUACGCGCUCCUUGAUACGCAGAGCGACACAACCUUCAUUCUCGAAGAAACAGCACAAGCUCUGCAUAUUAAAGGUAAAUCAGCUCAGCUAAGGCUUACAACCAUGUCAUCAAGAAACACAGUUGUGUCGUGUCGCAAGCUCUCAGGUCUACAAGUAAGAGGAUUUUAUUCAAAUAAGACAAUUUCCUUACCAGUAACAUAUGCAAGGGACUUCAUACCUGCAAACCGAGAUCACAUUCCAACCACUGGAACAGCCAAGGCAUGGCCUCAUCUUGAAUGCAUGCGGAGGAGAUCGCUCCACUACAAAGCUGUGAUAUUGGCCUACUGAUUGGCUACAACUGCCCCCAAGCACUUGUUCCUCGUCAAGUUGUGUCAUGAAACGAAAAUCAACCGUUCUCACAAAGGACUGAUCUGAUGGAGUAUUGUGGGUUAUGGCAAUCCAUGUCUUGAUUAUGGAGAUCCUUUCGGAGUAAAUCAUCAAGUCAUUGUGAAGGAAGUGGUGCCAGAUAUUCAAACCUCCUCAAACUUCACCAACAAGGUUCACUAUGUUUUCAGAACUCAAAUAAAGGAAAUGAUCUCCCCUACAGAGGUCCUGAAAAUGUUGGAAUCUGACUUUGUUGAGAAGUUCCCAGAUGAUGUAAACAUCUCUCAAGAUGAUCUCAAAUUUCUAGCAAAGAUAAGGAAAGGCAUUAGACACAAGGAGGAUGGCCAUUUUGAAAUGCCACUCCCAUUCAAGAGUGAAAGGCCUAACCUGCCAGAUAACAAGGCAUGUGCUAUUCAUCGCCUCAAAUGUUCAGGAAAAAAGCUCAAGAGGAACAAGCAGUACUACAUGGACUACAAGAAGUUCAUGGAUGAGAUAAUAGCCCUUGGGGAUGCUGAAAGAGUACCAGAGCAAGACAUCGACAAGAGACCAGCUUGGUACAUCCCACACCAUGGGGUGUAUCAUCCCCAAAAACCGGGAAAGAUUCGCGUUGUCUUUGAUGCCUCCGCCAAGUUCAGAGACACCUCACUAAAUGACCAUCUCCUGACUGGUCCAGAGCUGACAAACACCCUGCUUGGAGUCUUGUAUCGCUUCCGAAGAGGCCCAGUGGCUUUCAUGUGUGAUAUUGAAAGCUUGUUCCACCAGUUUCAUGUGAAUGCUUGCGAUCAAGAUUACCUACGGUUCUUGUGGUGGGAGAACAGAGACCUCGAAACUUCAUUCACUGUCUACCGAAUGAAAGUACACUUAUUCGGCGCAGCGUCCUCUCCAGGUUGCGCAAACUAUGGCCUCAAACACCUCGCAGCUGAAGGAGAAGGAAGUUUUGAUGAAGAAACCAUCAAGUUCAUCAAAACCAGCUUCUAUGUCGAUGAUGGACUAGGAAGUGUCGACACUGAAGAGCAAGCAAUACAGCUUGUCAAUGAAGCACGCAAGCUCUGCAGGAUGUGCAACCUUCGGCUGCAUAAGUUCAUCUCAAACAGCACCCAAGUUCUAGCUUUGCUUCCAAAGGAAGAAUGUGCUGUAGUUGCCAAAGAUCUAGAUAUGGCACUUGGUGAAGUGCACGUGUUUGUUGCAAACCGUGUCGAACGCAUCAAACAAGGUACAGAGUCAAAACAAUGGUGGUAUGUAACUUCCAAAGACAAUCCGGCAGACCACGCCUCAAGAGGCCUUACAGCAGAACAACUUGUAGCUUCAAACUGGUUCAAGGGCCCAGAUCUUCUCUGGCAGAAGGUCAUAACCAGUAGUGUACUCAAGGUGGGAGAGUUAUCGAACAGUGACCCAGAGGUCAGGAAAGUUCAAGUCCACACGAUACAAGUAGAAGAACAAAGGUCAUUGUUAGAUUGGCUUCAGAAGUUUUCAGACUGGUUGAGAAUGAUUAAAGCUGUGGCCAGACUCAAGCGCAAUGUUAAAGAAGCAAAGGAUCACAAGAAGUCAUGUAACAUUGUUAACCUACAAGAGACAAAAGAAGCAGAGGUAACCAUAAUAAAGAUGGUCCAAGCAGCAGCGUUUACUCAGGAAAUAAAAACCUUACAACAUCAGGAGGUGAUGCAGACCAAAAACAGGGUCAGCAAGUUAUGUCCAUUUCUCGACAACCAAGGCCUUCUUCGGGAAGGCGGACGCUUAACACAUGCUGCUUUGCAUCCUAAUUUCAGUCAUCCUGUGAUCCUGCCAAAAAACAGUCAUGUGUCUACAUUACUCGUCAAACAUUUUCACGAGAAGACAUACCAUCAAGGAAGAGGGAUCACGAUGAACGAGCUGCGAGCUAAUGGAUACUGGAUACUUUGAUGCAGUAAGAUUGUUUCAUCUUACAUCUAUAAAUGUUUAAAAUGCAGAAGAUUCAGAAGGUGCACAGAGCAGCAGAAGAUGGCAGACCUCCCAGAGGAUAGGAUGGAAACUACACCACCAUUCACCUACUGUUGGAUGGACUGCUUUGGUCCUUUUUACGUCAAGGAUGGCCGCAAGGAGUUAAAGCGUUAUGGAUUGUUAAUCACCUGCAUGUGCUCCAGAGCAGUACAUCUUGAGAUGCUGGAUGAUCUAUCAACGGAUUCCCUCAUCAACUCUUUACGUGCAUUCAUAGCCAUCAGAGGUACAGUUCGGCAGAUAAGAUGUGAUCAAGGCACGAACUUUGUCGGCACCAGAAAUGAGUUUGCUGAAGCAUUCAAGGAAAUGGAUCAAGCAAAGCUGGAAAAACUGGACUGCGAGUUUCUCAUGAACACCCCAGCGUCAAGUCACAUGGGUGGUGUCUGGGAAAGACAAAUUCGCACCAUAAGAAGUGUACUCAUGUCAAUCCUGGAUCAAUCCAGCAAACAACUUGACAGCUCUUCUCUAAGGACAUUCCUUUAUGAGGUAAUGGCAGUCAUCAAUAGCAGGCCAUUGACUACUGACCAACUGUGUGAUCCAUCAAACCCAGAACCUUUAACGCCAAAUCACAUACUGACCAUGAAGUCAACAAUCAUCUCCCCACCUCCAGGAAGGUUUGUAAAGGAAGAUCUUUAUCUCCGUAAGAGGUGGCAUCGUGUUCAACUCCUCGCCAACACCUUCUGGACAAGGUGGAAAAAAGAGUAUUUGUGAAACCUUCAAGGUAGACAGAAGUGGACCAAGGAGCAUAGAAAUGCUAAGGUUGAUGAUAUUGUUCUCCUGAAAGACGAGAUAACUCCACGCAGCCAGUGGAAAUUGGCAAAGAUUGCUGAAGUCUACCCUGGAAAAGAUGGAAUAGCGAGGAAGGUGAAAUUGUUAAUGAGUGAUCAAAACCUGGACGAAGAAGGAAAACGUACCUCCAAACCCGUUCAUCUGGAAAGGCCCAUUCAGAAGACAGUCGUUCUGAUGGAGGCAGAAGAAGAUUCUCAACCUCGCUCUGCCUAAAAUAUAGUUCAUAUUCUUUAAUUCAUAAGCUAUUCAUUAGUCAUAGUUGAUAAUUUGUUCUUUAAAAAUCACAAGUGAUUGGUGGGAGUGUAACAGUAUUAGCAUUUAAUGUCCCAUUGAGCUGUGUCCAGGCGUGCUCUUUUUGCGCCAUCUACUGGUAGGAUGUAGCGGGUACAAUUGUUUAUGUUUGGGUUUCUGCCCGAUCCCAUUUUGCUGAGACACAUGCUAUCUGUAGGCUGUAGCUGCCGGUUAGCUCCACUAAGAAUGAAAGAAACGUGAAAAUUUGAGACAAAAUUAAGAAAUAAGAGCGAAAGAAGAUAGAGAAGGAGAUAGAGGAUUAUUUAGCCCCCUCUGGGAUGUCAGCUCACGAGGUUUGUGUUCUUUAAAUGUUUUGUCUGUGAUUAAUGUCUUAUCAACGAAGCUGUAACAUUGGAUUAGAACAAGCUCUGAUAUCUUGUUUUUUCUUUAUGUUGUUUUCUUUUGUGAGCAGUUCUCACGGGUUGUCAAGACCAGAAUAAACCCUGUUUUAUAACUCUA